AUGCCCGACUGGCGCUCGGAAUACCUAGCCUCCAUCCGGGAGCAGGAGAGGAAUAACCCCGUCAACCUCGAGAUCGUUCAGCUCUGUUCCCAACUAUCCGACCGCGUCGCCGCCCUCGAAGCCGAAAAGGAGCUCCUGAAAUCCAAGAUCGCGCCCGCCGACGCGAAGACGAGGACGACAAACGAGAAAGCAGCGCCGAUCGACACGAUCAGCACCGACCCGAGCGUGAACCAGCUGCAGCUCAACCUGGCCGAGGCGCUGCGGUCGAACGGGACGCUGCAAGACCGGGCGAAGAAGGCCGAGGAGGAGGUGCAGGUGCUGCGCAAGAAGAACAAGGACGAUGCGCGGCAGGUGAGGAACCUGACGGCCGAGAAGACGGCCCUGGCGACAAAAUUGAAGGAUCGCGAGCACGAGCUGCGCGAGAAGAGGAAGCUGGUCGAGAACGUCCAAGACGAGAUGAUCACGUUGAACCUCCAAGUGGCCAUGGCCGAAAAGGAGAGGGACAAGGUCAAGGCAGAGAACAAGGAGCUCGUCGAUCGGUGGAUGAAGAGGAUGGCCCAGGAAGCCGACGCCAUGAACCUUGCAAACGAGCGCUGA